AAAAUUUAUAAGACAUGAAUGUAGAUUGUUUUAAUCAGUACUAUAGUUGGCGCGCUUCACGAGAGUCGCGUUGCGAAUGUGCGACUGAUGAUUAAGAAUAGGUCCAUUGAAGGUAUGAGCUUCUAGAAAUCGCAACCUUAUGUCCCUUUGGGAUAUCCAAGGCUUUAAGGAUGGUGCAGGAUGAAGUAACCUGUUCCAUAUCUCAAGGGGGCUGAAAGAGAGAGCAAGUAAAAGAAAACACGAGAGGCAGAUUAGCCAAUAUUCAUGUAGGAAUGUUUAAGGUAUGAUUACUCAGUCUAAUUUUCUUUCAUUAAGGUAUUUGUUGAGAAAGAGCAUUUUAAUAGGUUAAAGAAAAUAAGCUUUAGCAAGGUGUGAGUGGACAUACAACUGACAAAUGGAGGCGAUUCGGAAAAGAGCUGAGAGUAUAAGAUUAUGUGUGAUUAUAAAAUAAAAUAUAGUGCUAGAAACAGUAUUGUGAUAUACAACUGGCUAUCUUCCUUUUAUUAUCGAAGCUAUUAGAGCCCCUUUCGUUUUUUUUAUUUAUUUUUUUUCAGGUUUUAUAGGGUCUUGAGUAGGCUUCGUAUAUUAGCGAAUUGUCUAGUUUGCUUGUAAUAGGAUUUUUUGAGUAGGAAGUGAAACCAAUUCAACGUUCGUAACACGAUUUAAAGAGGUAUUUUGCGUGAUAAAUCAGCUUCAAUACCUUAAGUCCGUGACAUCCCACUAAACCAUAAGGAGCCGUAAUUAAACAAAAUGUUCUGCCCUACAGACAUAAGUGGAUUGAAGUUAUCUCCCCACCUUCAUGUUUGCUGGUCAGUAACGCCACCCUCCCUCCUUUUGUGAUGUUAGGCUCUCUUACGUUUGUGGUAAGUAUGAUUAAUGCUUUAAUCAAAGCACAUAGUUGGAAUACACUGUCUCUACUAGAUCCAUGUUACAAGCAAAUCAGAUAUUUAAAAAUUCUGUUUUAUGGGUUAGAUGUCCAUAUAGUAUAUCACACUGCUAUGAAAAUAACUAAUGGUUUAAAGAAGUAAGGAUUAAUAGUAAAUCUUCUCAGUUCUCGGACCAAGAGUUAGCAUUGCCUGGGAUGACUUUGUUCCGCAACGACAGAAAAACAGGAAUUGGGGGCGGAGUAGCCAUAUACAUAAGCUCUUGCUUGGAGGUGCACCAGGUUCACAACCUCGAGUUUAACAAUCUUGAGGAAUCCAUAUGUUGCUCUGUAAGAUUGUCUAGUACUUCCAGGUGUCUAGUCGGAGUCAUUUGCUGGAAGCCAACUGCCGACACCGAGUACGAUAGUCGUAUGCUGGAAGGACUAUCCCACUCUAUCCGUCUCGGUUUCACACACAUCUUGAUUCUAGGGGACUUUAAUCUCCCUAGAAUCAACUUCGCGGAACACGUACACUGGAGGCGACAACUCAACUGAAGCUCGGUUCUUCAACCUCACCGAUAACUUGGGCUUCUAUGAAAAUAUGAGGUCGGCAACUCGUUGGAGAAACAGUCAGACACCAUCGCGCUUAGACUGUGUAUUCACUAACGAAGAAUUCCUAGUUGACAACCUCUCAAUCCUGGCUCCUCUGGGAAAGAGCGAUCACGCCGUCAUAGCCUUCAGUUUUGUCAUCAAAACUAAGCUAAGGUAUCCCAACAAUAAUUUGCGUUGGAAUUUUAAACGGUUGAAUGUGCCAGCUCUACAUGACUAUCUACAACAGGUGGUUUGGGAUGUUCACCCUCAACUCGAUGUGGAUGGUCAUUGGGACUUCUUACUGCACACGCUCUUAUGUGCUACAGACCAUUCAGUUCCUAAAAGGGUUCCCAAAAGCUUCAAGCCACCUACAGUAAUCAAGAACCGUACCCUUCGCCUCCUAAGCCGCAAACGGCACUGUUGGGCGGAAUACAAACAAACUAAUAACGAUGGAGCGUAUAGGCAAUACAAACAUAUCAGGAACACAUGCACGAAGGCUAUAAGAGAAGACAGGCUUCAGUACCAAACAAAGCUUAUGGACAAAUUCGCCUCUAACCCUAGAAGCCUAUUCCGUUAUGCAGCCUCUCUUCGUCAAGCCAAAACAGGAGUUUCUCAAUUGCUAGGUCUUAACGGCCCAACCAACAACGAUGGCGACGCCGCUAACCUUCUGGCGGCCCAUUACUCUCAAACAUUUCAACCGGCUGACAUCAACUUUAUUGACGACAGUUUCAUCUCCAACUCCACAGGACUUUCUGAAGUGGACCGUAGCGCUGACUUGGUGUUCCGGAAAUUGCAGCACUUAAGACUUGACACUUCUCCUGGCCCGGAUAUUGUUCAUCCUGCCAUACUGAGGGAGGCAGCCUCAAUCCUGGCAACGCCGCUUAGCGUGAUGUUUUCACACUCGCUAGGCCGAGGCAAAUUACCGGAAAACUGGAAGUUGGCUCACAUCACACCAAUUUUCAAAGGUGCUCGACGCAAUGAACCUUCAAGUUAUCGGCCGGUGGCUCUUCUGUCAUUACCUUCAAAACCCAUGGACUCCCUGAUAUGCGACGGUUUAAGUGACUAUCUACUGUCCUUAAAUUUCUUCUCACCCCAACAGCAUGGUUUCAGGAAGGGUUACUCUUGUAUAACCAACCUGCUGACUGCGGUGGACAAAUGGACAAGCAUCCUCGAUUGCAAGGGAAAGGUUGACGUCAUUUACCUUGAUUUCUCAAAAGCUUUUGAUAAGGUUAACCACUUGUGUCUUAUCAACAAGCUCAAACGACUAGGUAUCAAACCACCUCUUAUCGUUUGGCUUACUUCAUACCUAAAAAUCGACACUUUAAGGUUAGGGUUAAUUUCACUUUAUCUCAGGCUGUGGAAUGUCCUAGUGGGGUCCCCCAGGGCUCAGUACUAGGGCCUCUUCUCUUCUUGAUUUACACAAAUGAUCUUCCUCAACAGGUAACGUCAGACUUAUUACUUUUUGCCGACGACGUGAAACUUUGAGAGAGAUACGCAACCAAGAAGAUACACAGGCACUUCAGGAGGAUCUGACGCGACUUCAAAGUUGGGCAGACGAUAACUGACUUACCUUUAACACUUCAAAGUGUAAAGUAGUCCAUCUGCGACAUGUCGCAAACUACAGUUACAACUUAGGAAACUCCUCUCUAGUAGUAUCCCAAGUCGAAAAAGAUUUAGGAGUCCUGGUGCCCCAUGACUUAAAGUCUUACGCUAACUGUGACAAAAAUGCCUUCCGAGCAAACCUUGCACUUGUAACGUUGAGGCGCAUUUUUCGACAGUUUGACGGACGAACUUUCCAUACAAUCUUCAAUAGUUUCAUUAGUCCCCAUUUAGAGUACGGAAACAUAGUACUCCCCCCUCACUCCAAAAGGACAAGGUCACUUUGGAGCGUAUCCAACGGCGAGCCACGAAAUCAGUCCGAGGAAUCAAAUCUAAGCCUUACAAAGAACGCCUCCGUUCACUAGACCUUUACCCACUAGAAUAUAGGCGUCUUAGAGGUGAUUUACUAAUGGCUUAUAGUAUUGUUAACACUUCUGGACAUCCUCUUAAACACCUACUUAAGCUUAGUUCGAAUAAUAACCUAAGGGGUAACACCCAGAAACUGGAAACACAACAUAGCAAGACGGACUGUAGGCACAACUUCUACUCCUUAAGAGUUGUCAAAAGCUGGAAUUCGCUGCCGGCCGAGCUAGUCCAAGCGACUUCUCAGGAGUCCUUCAAGAGGCAACUUGACCUAUUCUUAAGGACCAGGGACAGCAUCACAUUAUGAUUUACCAAUUUCUUUUCUUUUUUUAUUGUUAACAUACCUAGGUUCCUGCCUGGAGGAUUUGGUGAUCCCCUGCUACUAGACACGGAAGCCUGUUAAGCGAAAGCUUCUUCUAUUCCGUCCACAACCAUUUGAACCAUUUGAAUAACUAUGACACUAAGCAAUUGCUUAGUUUAGUGUUCUUGGUUGUCGUAUAAUUCAGUUUAGUUGAAAGAAUUAUGAUAUACUUAAGUAUAGUGCUUGAAGCCUGUAACGAAACAGAUCAGUUUAGUAAGUAGAGUUGCCUGUUUCUAAUGUGCAUACGGAUUCAGAUCAGUCUGAUUAAAAAUAGGAAAAAACGUGCCUUUGAUGCUGUUGCUGUCAUACAUUAUAAGAUAGCGAUAAGUAUGUUUGGUGUUUAUUUCUAAACUGUACAUCUAUCACUGACCAUAUUUCAUGAUCACUGUCAUUAAACAAUUUCCCCAGCAAUAACAUCGGUAGCAAGAUAGCUAAGUGUCUGAGCUUUUAGUUGCCCGCAAAACAGCAGUAUACAGUCUUAGAAGAUGUUCUGUGUCUCAAUUAAAUGCAGCUGGCUGUGGACAAAUGUUAAAAAUCUUUUUGACAACUGGGACUUUUAGUUUAUCAUACACUUACUCUGCUUGUAUGUUUUCCUGUUAAACUAGACGCAGAUGCAUGGGAAUACUUAAAUGGGAGCAAAAUAAUAAAAGCAUUGCAAUACGGUACUAAGCCCAUGUUAUGCUUUGCGCAAGUAAUAGUAGCUGACUUUAUCUAAUAUUCAUGAACUCAAGGUAAAUCACAACUGCAUAAAUUCUUUGCUAAAAAACAUGUGAUUUGGUUAUUUAUAUAUUCCACAUUUCUGACUAAAUUCAUCACCAUUUUUUUCAUUUAGAAUGCAACAGGAGUGAGUCUUCACAGAUCAUAAAAACUGUUUUGCCCUUGGAACUAUGGGCCUAUGGAACUGUUUACGGGAGAUCCAACGAACAGCAGAUUAUAAAAGGAUGCUGGACGUCCAUUUUAGUCUCACAACCACUUCCAGUAUUUUUUGACUUCUUUUACUCUUUCGUUUAGAAAAAACAACAAAAACUGCAGCUUAACAUUACCAAUACAACUUUUAAACGGGAACUUGGUUUAAACCUUUGUUUGAUAUUCGAUUCUUAAUGAAAGUUCUUGAAUAUAUUUCUGAAUCUAAUGCUACUUUGUUUUAUCUACUUAAUCGUUGCAAGAAACUUGUGAUAAGCGAGCCUCUUAGCACCUUGUUCAUAUGUUCAAAUGGUUGUGGACUGAAUAGAAGCUUUCGCUUAACAGGCUUCCGUGUCUAGUAUCAGGGGAUCACCAAUACCUCAAGGUAGAAAACUAGGUAUGUUAACAAUAAAAGAGAAGAAAUUGGUAAAUCAUAGUAUGAUACUAUACUUAGUCCUUAA